AUGGGGACCGGGUGCUGCUCGGAUGGCCCUGCCAAGGGUCAGGGAUGCAGCGGUCCUUCGACUGAGGUUCAACACGGCCAUGACCAUGGACGUGCGUAUGCCCACAGCCAGGAAAUCGAUCCUUGCUGCUCCGACGGCGCAGACUGUGGUGGUGCCGAGGAAGUCGCUUGCGUCGACGAGGAUUGCGACGCCGAAACCUACUGCGAAGCCGAGGACGACUCGACUUGUCGUUCCGUGAAACUCGAAUGCUGCACUUCAAAGGAAGAGCACUGCGACGAGAAGUGUAUCCUUGCCGCUGCUGCCGUCGAAUGCGAGAAGGCCUGUGACGACGACGCUGCCCACGACGCCGCUGCCGACCAUAAGCAUGCUCACGACAAAGAUGGCCAUCACCAGGGCUCGGCUUGCAGCACUCAUCUUUCCAAGGCCUUUGAGCAGUACAGCGCCUAUCUCGAGUCGGCUCGUUGCAUCUGCCGCAGCAUUCUCGAUCGCGGUCUGCCGACCACUUGCUGCAGCGAGCAGCAAACUGUCGCUGCCGCUGCCGCUGCCGCUCCCGUCUCGGCUGCCACCUCCGUUAAGAAGCGCCGCGAGAAGACCGAAGCCCAUACGACCGCCCAUGCUCACGGCCAGCACAAGCAUCAUCACCACCACGGAAUUAAGAGACGUGGCAAGAAGCUUGCGCACGAUCAUGACAUGGAAAUUAAGCCUGUCCGCGACGACCAGUCCGACUGCUGCAGCGGGCACGAUGUCCACCUCCCCUCUGCCAACAAGGAGCAGCAUCAUCAAUACGAUGGCGCUGAUGUCGAGAAAGGUGCCGGAUUGGAGCACGUCGCUCUCAUCGUCGACGGCAUGACCUGUUCUGGAUGUGGCAACAAGCUUGAACGGACUCUCAAAGCCGCCCCUGGCGUGUCUGGCGUCCGCGUCAACUUUGUUAUGGGGAAUGCAGAGUUCGACUUUGAUAGCUCCAUUGGCAAGGCAGAAGAUGUCAUACGCAGCGCAGAGCGAGCCACGGGCUUCCACUGUACCCGAAUGUCUAGCGAUGACCAGGCGCUCGAUAUUCUCGCGUCAGGUGGAGCUGCGAAGGCACUCGCCGACCUCGCAAUCCUCGGGGUUAACGACGUCAAUAUCAUUGACAAGAAGAUGGUCAGAGUCACCUACGACCCAGCGUUGAUCGGCGCGCGAACUCUUUUUGAAAAGAUUGGCCCUCUGUCCAACGGACUGGCUCCUCCCCGCGAUGACCCAUCUGUCGCAAGCGGAAGAAAGAGAAUGUACGAUCAGUUGAUCAAGACAGCUGCGGCUGCCAUCCUCACCAUACCUGUCGCAGUCUUUGCGUUUGGUGAAGAUUCACUGAAAGAGCAAGUCAGCAAACAAGCGCGUUCAAUCACUUCCCUUGUGCUUGCGACACUCGUGCAGCUUAUUGCUGUGCCAGAAUUCUACAAGCCCGCCAUCUCAGCCCUCAUUCAUAGCCGGACCAUUGAGAUGGACAUGUUGGUUGUCAUCAGCAUCACUGCUGCCUACGUCUACUCCGUUGUUGGCUUCGGUUUGCGCCAGGCGAACCCAAAGGCAGAUGUCAAGGAGUUUUUCGAAACCAGCACUCUGCUAAUCACCCUUGUCUUGCUUGGUCGCCUCGUCGCCGCUUAUGCUCGCAUUCGUGCUGUCGCCGCCGUUUCCCUUCGCUCCCUCCAGGCUUCUUCUGCCGUUACUGUGGAGGACGGCAAAGAUGUCGAAAUUGAUGCACGCCUUCUUCAGUACGGCGACAAGUUCAAGGUUCUUCCGCAUUCAACGGUACCCACGGACGGUCUCGUCAUGAGUGGUUCCAGCGAGGUUGAUGAAUCCAUGCUGACUGGAGAGAGUGUGCCUGUCUUCAAAAAGCAGCACGACACUGUCAUCGCCGGUACCAUCAACGGAUCAGGCACACUAACGGCACAACUCACCCGUCUCCCGGGGAAAAACACCGUCACCGACAUUGCCGAACUCGUCGAAGAAGCGGCAAACUCGAAGCCAAAGAUUCAGGAUAUUGCCGACCGUAUUGCCAGUUGGUUUGUACCUGUUGUGGCCAGCAUUGCCGUCGUCGUGACCAUUGUCUGGGUGGUCAUUGGCUUGAAGGUUUCGAAAAAGUCAGCAGGCAAAGCGGUAGCUGACGCUGUUACAUACGCCGUCGCUGUUCUGGCCGUGUCAUGCCCUUGCGCGCUUGGUCUCGCUGUCCCCAUGGUGCUAGUUAUUGCAGGAGGUAUCGCCGCGAAGGGUGGCGUCGUCAUUAAAUCGGCCGAAUGCACAGAACGGGCGCGCAAAGUGACUGACGUCGUCUUUGACAAGACCGGAACCAUCACCGAGGGUGACUUGGACGUCCAGGAAGAAGAUUUCUUCGUCUCUGAUCACGACGAAGCCCGUGCCAUCACCAAGGCUCUCGUCGCAGGCAACAAACACCCCGUAUCCGUCGCCAUUGCCAAGCAUCUCGCACAGCGGGCUACCCCUGAAAUUCAGCUCACCGACCCUCAGGUUAUUCCUGGCGCUGGUGUUGAAGCCAGCUUCAAUGAAAGCAAAGUUUGCGCGGGAAAUCCAACGUGGGCUAAAGUUGACUCUUUGCCCUCGAUCAAGCGUCUACAGGAUGACGGGAUGACCCUUCUGGUGGUCACUCGAGACUCUAACCUCAUUGCAGUUUUCGGUUUGCGCACCCGUCUCCGAAACGAAGCAGUCAGCGUUGUCAACCAGCUCAGUCGACGCGGCAUCAACGUUCACCUCGUUUCUGGUGACCAAACACGCGCCGUUGAGUCGGUUGCAUCGCAAGUUGGAAUUGUCAAUGUCGCCGCUCAGCGAACCCCCGCCCAAAAGCGAGACUAUGUUGCUUCGCUCAUGUCCGAAGGCAGGCUGGUCAUGUUUGUCGGUGACGGAACCAACGACGCCGUGGCAGUCACGCAGGCCGAUGUUGGUGUGCAGCUUGGCAGCGCCGCCUCAGCAAGCGAUGUUACUCGUGGGGCCGCGGAUGUGGUUCUGCUCGCAGGUCUGGAGGGUAUUCCCUUCUUACUCGAUGUCAGCCGCUCCAGCUUCAGACGCAUGAUGUUCAACUUUGUGUGGUCAGCCGUGUACAAUGUUCUUGCCAUCCUUUUGGCAGCCGGUGUGCUCGAGCGCUACAAGGUCAUCAUCCCCCCUGCCUACGCUGGACUGGGUGAGAUUAUGUGA